AUGGAGUUUCUUGAAAGAACUUACCUUGUGAAUAACAAAACCACCAAGAUGUAUGCCUUCACACUAGACAGUGUGGAACUCCAGUCCAAGCAUUUGAAUAAAGAUCAAUGUCCUGGAGAGAAGCCAGAGGAGCUGGAGUCUGGAGCCAUCCAUCACUGCCACAGCAACUCCAAGGCUGUGGAGGAAAGGGAGAAGGAACAAGUCUAUGCCAAGUGGAAACUCUGUGUUGCUUUGACCAUAUGCUUCAUAUUCAUGAUUGCAGAGGUUGUGGGCGGGCACAUUGCUGGGAGCCUUGCUGUCAUCACGGAUGCUGCCCACCUCUUAAUUGACUUGACCAGCUUCCUGCUCAGUCUCCUUUCUCUGUGGUUGUCAUCGAAGCCCCCUUCCAAGAGACUGACCUUUGGAUGGCAUCGAGCAGAGAUCCUUGGUGCCCUGAUGUCAAUCCUAUGUGUCUGGCUGAUGACUGGAGUGUUGGUGUACCUGGCCUGUGAGCGCCUGCUGCACCCCAACUACCAGAUUGAGUCAAGAGUGAUGAUAAUCGUGUCGGGUUGCGCAGUAGUGGCCAAUAUUAUACUGAGUAUGAUCUUGCACCAGGGCUCAGGCCACAAUCACAAGACGGUGCAAGUUAAUGCCAGUGUCAGAGCAGCCUUUGCGCAUGCGCUGGGGGAUCUAUUUCAGAGCAUCAGUGUGCUCGUCAGCGCACUUAUCAUCUUCUUUAAGCCAGAAUACAAAAUGGCCGAUCCAAUCUGCACAUUUAUAUUUUCCAUCCUGGUUUUGGGCAGCACCAUCACUAUUUUAAAGGAUUUUUGCACCUUACUCAUGGAAGGUGUUCCAAAGAACUUGAGUUACAGUGACGUGAAAAAGCUCAUCCUGGCAGUGGACGGGGUGGUGUCUCUGCACAGCUUGCACAUCUGGUGUCUAACAGUGAACCAAAUGAUUAUUUCAGCUCAUGUGGCUGCAGCAGCCAGCAGGGACAGCCAGUUUGUGCGGAGAGAGAUUGCUAAAACCCUGCACAAAAGCUUUACAGUGCAUUCACUCACCAUUCAAAUGGAAUCUCCAGCUGACCAGGACCCCAACUGCCUCUUUUGUGAAGACCCCAGGGAUUAG